UCAUCAACCUCUUCCUCCUCAUUUGAAUUUCGUUUCUUUUUUUCUUUCCGCAAGACGAUGAUGAUGGUCGACGAUCAAUCCACUUUCCAAUCGAAUUGACUUUCUCUCUCAAAAUCCUCUCAUAAAAGACACAAAUGAACGCGGUGGGAAGGAUCGGGAGCUACAUCUACCGAGGCGUAGGCACGGUCUCAGGCCCGUUCCACCCCUUCGGCGGCGCGAUCGACAUCAUCGUCGUCCAGCAGCCCGACGGCACCUUCAGAUCCUCCCCCUGGUACGUCCGCUUCGGCAAAUUCCAAGGCGUUCUCAAGAACAAGCGCAACCUCAUCAAGAUCGACGUCAACGGCGUCGAAUCGCCUUUCAACAUGUACUUGGCUCACACCGGCCAAGCUUAUUUCCUCCGAGAAUCCGACGACGUCGCCGGAGGAGACUCAGAGUCCGCCACCGCGGAGGUUUACAAUUUAUCUUCCGGCGACGAAGCCGAUGACGACGACGAUGAUGAUGAUGAUAAGGUUAAGUUACCGUUGAAGUCUAAGAGCUGUAACUAUGAUGGUCCUGCUCCUAAGCCUGGGAUUCUAGGGUUUGUGUUUGGUGGUAGAUCGGUUAGGGAGAGCAAGGUGGUUGAGGUGGAGGAGAAGUUAGUAGAUAGCGAUUUGAUAUUGGAGACGCCUCUUGUUGCGUCUCCCACGUUAAGGUAUCUUGACGAGAAGGAGCAGGAUUUUCGUGAGAGUAACAAUGUGGAUGAUUACUGUGAAGAGAAUGCUAUUCUUGUUGAUAAUGCUUCCACUAGUGCUGUCUUCUCUAUUGCUAGUGAAGGGAGUGGGGAAGUAGACGUCGUCUGUGUCGAAUCAAAUGAGCCUGGAGCACAGGAUUCUAAGCAAGAAAUGUUGAGUGUUCCUGAAUCUGUGGAGAAUGUAGCUGACCAAAUGGAUUUGUGGAGCAUUGGCACUUCUCAUGAAGGGAGCAGUACUGGCUCUCUUGUUCAAGAUGAGAGUAAGAUCACCAUGGGAGAUCUGUCAACAAGUGGCGUCCUGCAACCAGAGAUGGAAGAGGAACAGUUUUCAUUUAGCGAUGAUCUUGACGAUUGUAAACCUGCUGAGAGUAGUUCCGGAGGGUCGAGUUCUCCUCAUACGGUGAAAGUUGAUGGGAAAGAGAUCUGUCCUGAGGACUCAAAGGUGUUGUCAGAGGCGGUUGACAUAGAGAGGAAGAAUGAUGUCUCUGGAGAAGAGGUUGAGCGGUUGGUAGAAUCGUUACCGAUCAUGCGGCUUCACGACAGUGAUGAUAUGGAUGCCAGUCCUUGUCAGCCUAUGAGCCAGUCUUUUGACCCAUGUUCCAGUACUUCGAGAGGAGAUGAGUCUUGCUCGAGGGGUUUAGAUGCAGAAAGCUUUGCUGAGAGGAGCCCAAACUUUAAGGCAUUCACACAUGUUGUCGCUAAUCCUGAAGUGGUCGAGCUCUCUUUCUGCAAGCACUUAUUACAUGAAAAAAUGGGAGCAGAAGCGGCUUCUCAGGCCUUCAAUUCAGAAAAACUGGAUAUGGAAACAUUUGCUUCUUUGGGCCCAUCAGUGUUGGAGAAUGAUAAGCUAAUAUUGAAGAUUGGUGGUUGCUAUUUUCCAUGGGAAGCAGCAGCUCCUAUUAUCUUAGGAGUGCUUUCAUUUGGGAGUGCCCAAGGAUUUGAGCCCAAGGGGAUGAUAGCUGUUGACCGGAAUGAGAAACCUGGGGAUGUAUCAGCUCCUGAGGGUGGAAGCUGGAAGCUUUGGCCUUUCUCUCAGAGAAAAUCAAGGAACGAUAGUGAAGGUUCUUCUAAGGAAAAAUCAAGGAACGAUAGUGAAGGUUCUUCUAAGGACGCUGGUGAACCUGAGGAGAAACAAAAAGAGAAGCCUCUGCCAAGACCAGUGAAAAAGAUGGUCAGGGCAUUAGCUCCAACUUCUGAACAAUUGGCUUCGCUAGACCUUAAUGAAGGAAUGAAUACUGUGAAUUUCACGUUCUCCACCAAUAUUGUAGACGCGAGGAUUUACUUAUGGAAAUGGAAUGCUCGGAUAGUUAUCUCAGAUGUAGAUGGUACCAUCACAAGAUCGGAUGUGUUAGGCCAGUUUAUGCCUUUGGUUGGAAUAGAUUGGUCGCAAACAGGUGUUACACAUUUGUUUUCUGCUGUUAAGGAAAAUGGAUAUCAGUUGAUGUUUUUAAGCGCACGUGCGAUUUCUCAGGCCUCAAUCACAAGACAGUUUCUAGUUAAUCUCAAGCAGGAUGGAAAAGCAUUGCCGGAUGGGCCUGUUGUUAUUUCUCCUGAUGGCGUCUUUCCUUCUUUGUAUCGUGAAGUAAUUAGAAGAGCACCUCAUGAAUUCAAGAUUUCUUGCUUGGCGGAGAUACGAGCGUUGUUUCCUCCUGAACACAACCCAUUCUAUGCUGGUUUUGGAAACAGAAAUACGGAUGAGAUAAGCUACCUUGAAGUCGGAAUCCCCCGGGGAAAGAUCUUCACUAUUAACCCCAAGGGGCAAGUAGCUGUGAAUCGUAGGGUGGAUACAAGGUCAUACACAAAUCUUCAUGCUCUUGUCAACGGAAUAUUCCCAGCUACAACCACCUCUUCGGAACGGGAGGACUUUAACACAUGGAAUUUCUGGAAACUGCCUCCUCCGUCGUUUAUGUGAUGACGGUGAUGAUUGUGUUGAAGAAAAUAGAGAUUAGCUGAUAGAGAUAACAAAUGGCGGCUCAGUAUAGGGGCUAGUAUAUCCAUCUCCUUUUAAAGGGUCACGGUAAUUUUUGUUUUUUGCUUUUUUGUCACACUGGUUUCAUAUCACAGGGGUUUACGAUGUACGCGCAUACUUGUAUAUAAAUAUAGUUAAUAUGUGGACAGUGUUAUUGGAAAUAUUUUGAAAUUUAAAAAACAAUAAAUAUACAUUUACACAAA